GGCCCCCGCACGCCGCACUGCUCCAGCCGCCGCCGCCGCACCAUGAGGUUCUCCGCACUGUGCCGCCUAAGCCGGGGAGCUGCCGCCCCGCUAGCCGGGAGGAAGGGGACCGCGCCCCGCCGGGGCAUGGCCAGUGCCUGGGGCCGCUGGGAGAAGCAGCAGGCUGGCGGCGCGCUGGGCUCGGCUGCCGGAGAAAUCAUUCAGAGUUCAAAGAAAGUCCUGGCAUCCUUGCAGAAAGGACACCCUACAUUUAAGCCAACACUUGCCAUUGUACAGGCGAGUGAUGAAGAUUUGGUGCAAGAAAUAAACCAGAACUUUGCCAAAGAGAUUGGUCUGCACGUUAUUCACAUUUCGCUCCCUCAGGGUAGCAGUGAAGAUGAGAUUGUUGGUGAAAUCUUGAGACUCAAUGAAGAUCCUACGGUUCAUGGCAUUGCCCUUCACCUCUCUGAAAAUGCAUGCAGCAGCAAAAUAUUAAAUGCAGUAAAACCAGAGAAGGAUGUGGAUGGAGUAUCAGAUGUGAAUCUGGGACGGUUGGUGCGUGGAGAUACUUACAACUGUUCGGUUUCUCCCACUGCCAGCGCUGUGGUGGAGCUUCUUGAAAAACUAGCAGUUAAAACCGUAGAUGGAAAGAAGGUGUUGCUAGUGGAAACUUGUGGGCCUCUGGAAGCCUCUUUGCAGUGCCUGCUUCAGAGAAAAGGUGCCAUGACUAUGAGCUGCCAGUGGAAAACACAGCAACUUCAGAGCAAGCUUCAUCAGGCAGAUGUGGUGGUGGUAGGCAGUACCAAACGUAAAGAGAUUCCAGUCAGUUGGAUAAGACCUGGAACAACCAUUGUCAAUUGUUAUCCUGACUUUUUAUCAGGAGAACAUGGUUAUGGUCAAGAUGUAAAGUACAGUACCCAGUCUGCUAUAGAUGCUGUAGGUCCUCUGACCAUAGCAAUGCGGAUGGAGAACAUGGUAAAAACCAGCGAGAGAUGGAUCCAGUCUCAGCAAUACAGGGAGUGGAACCUCCAUUGCUUGAAACUUCAGCCCCUCUCCCCAGUGCCCAGUGAUAUUGAGAUUUCCCGAGGACAGAGUCCAAAAGCUGUUGAUGUACUUGCCAAGGAGAUAGGAUUGCUUGCAGAUGAAAUUGAAAUCUAUGGCCAAACCAAAGCCAAAGUACGUUUGUCCCUGCUGGAAAGGUUAAAGGAUCAAACAAAUGGAAAAUACGUUCUAGUUGCUGGGAUAACACCUACACCGCUUGGAGAGGGGAAGAGCACUGUCACGAUUGGUCUUGUUCAAGCUCUAACUGCACAUCUUAAUGUAAAUUCCUUUGCAUGUCUGCGACAACCUUCCCAGGGACCUACUUUUGGAGUUAAAGGUGGGGCUGCUGGAGGUGGAUAUGCUCAGGUCAUUCCAAUGGAAGAGUUCAACCUUCAUUUGACUGGAGAUAUCCAUGCUAUUACUGCUGCUAAUAAUUUGCUGGCUGCUGCUGUUGAUGCAAGGAUCUUGCAUGAAAGCACUCAGUCUGAUAAGGCUUUGUACAAUAGACUGGUUCCAAUAGUUAAUGGUGUGAGAGAAUUUUCUUCUAUUCAGCUUGCCCGCUUGAAAAGGUUGGGGAUAAACAAGACCGAUCCAGGCACUUUAACAGCCGAUGAGAUUAAUACAUUUGUACGCCUUGAUAUUGACCCAUCUACCAUAACAUGGCAAAGAGUAUUGGAUACAAAUGACCGAUUCCUACGAAAAAUAACAAUUGGGCAGGCAAAUACAGAGAAGGGAUUUUUCCGACAGGCUCAGUUUGACAUUGCUGUUGCAAGUGAAAUCAUGGCAAUCUUAGCACUGACCACCAGCCUGGCGGAUAUGAAAGAGAGACUGGGAAAAAUGGUGGUGGCUAAUGACAAAAAUGGACAGCCAGUGACAGCUGAGGAUUUGGGAGUAACAGGUGCUUUGGCAGUUUUGAUGAAGGAUGCAAUUAAGCCAACACUAAUGCAGACUUUAGAGGGAACUCCAGUAUUUGUGCAUGCUGGACCAUUUGCUAAUAUUGCACAUGGAAACUCUUCGGUUUUGGCAGACAAGAUUGCCCUGAAGCUGGUUGGAGAAGAAGGAUUUGUGGUAACUGAAGCUGGUUUUGGUGCUGACAUUGGGAUGGAGAAAUUCUUCAACAUCAAAUGCAGAGCAUCUGGCUUAGUUCCCAGUGUGGUUGUGCUUGUUGCUACAGUGAGGGCUUUGAAAAUGCACGGAGGAGGGCCAAAUGUAACUGCUGGUGCCCCUCUUAAGAAGGAGUAUACAGAAGAGAAUCUCCAGCUGGUAGCUGAUGGCUGUUGUAAUCUACAGAAGCAAAUUCAGAUUGCUCAGCUCUUUGGAGUUCCUGUUGUAGUUGCUCUAAAUGUCUUCAAAACUGACUCCCAUGCUGAAGUUGAUUUAGUCUGUGAGAUUGCAAAACAGUCUGGAGCAUUUGAUGCAGUGCCCUGCAAUCACUGGUCAGCUGGCGGUAGAGGAGCUGUGGAAUUGGCUCAGGCUGUGAGAAAAGCCGCCAGUCAGGAAAACCGCUUCAAAUAUCUGUAUAACUUGGAGCUUCCUAUUAUUGAAAAAAUAAGGAUCAUUGCUCAGAAGGUUUAUGGAGCUAAGGAUAUAGAAUUGUCUCCUGCAGCACAGUCUCAAAUCAGUCGUUACAGCAAACAGGGUUUUGGAAAUCUUCCAAUUUGUAUGGCAAAAACUCACCUGUCCCUCUCCCACCAACCUGAGAGGAAAGGUGUUCCAACUGGCUUCAUUCUUCCUAUUAGUGAUGUGCGGGCCAGCAUCGGAGCUGGGUUCAUCUACCCAUUAGUAGGAACGAUGAGCACCAUGCCAGGACUUCCUACAAGGCCUUGCUUCUAUGACAUUGACCUUGACCCAGACACAGAGCAAGUUAAAGGGUUGUUUUGAGAGAGGUGUCCAAGUUCAGAAUUCUGAAAAUACCAACUGCUACUUCACGGUUUCCUGCAAUAGGAGACAAGAGUGAAUUUGAAAUAUGCCUGUUAUGUGUUUCUGGAGGGAUAUCAAGAUAGACCAAAGAGAAAAAACCUACUCUUCCUUCUACCCAUUUUUAUGACAUAAAAAAAAAAGUUUGUUACAAACUAAUUUAUUCUUGGUUUAGUGAGAGAAUUUUUUUGCCAUGCUUGCUAUUGCUUGCAUUUCUGAAUGUUUGUUUUGUCGAUAAAAUGAUGUGAACAGAGAGGUGAAAUUUUCCACUCCAGGAUUUUGUAUUCUUUAUUUGAACUUCUAACAAAAGUAUUUCCCUCGUCAAUGGCCAUCUAAAAAAUUAACAUAAACAGGAUUACACGGCCUCAUAAAGCCUGUUGCUCUUGAAAGAGUACAGUUCAGCUGCUGGCAUUCAGGAGCUGAAACCACACGCAAAUUAGCUGCACAUUUCUGAGUUAUCAGCAAGUGUUGCUAUGGGCACUGCUGGGGAAGAGCCAAAUUUCAAAUGAGGGGGCUGUUGAAGAAUAACAAACAAGACUUUUUUAAUACAGAGUUUGUAUUUCCUCUGUGGGCAGACAGCUUUGAAAAACUUAAAACAUAGUGUGUCCCAUAGUCAUAGGUACUUUUAUCUGUCAAAGGUGCUUGUUACCAGUUCUACAGUGUUUUUGGUCUAUUUUGUUCAGUAUCUCGGCUAUAAAUCCCAAAUGUCAACAAGCUUUGUUUCUUUUUAAAAUCAGCUGUCUAAGGAGACAGAAGGAAUGUCUGUCUUGUUAGUUUUUUUAAAAAUAUCAACCUCCGACCUUGUUUCCCAGUGAAGUGAAUUAAUGUCAUUAUUCUGGGGAGUUUUUCUUACAGUGUAAAAUUGAGGGUCUGGUGUUGCAUUUACAGUCAGCAGGUGGUACUGCCAGUGAAAACUGACCAUUCUGUAUUUGGGGGUUGCGGUAUGCUAUUCCUAUGCUCCAGCCACCCUCUGUAGGGACAGUUGGGUGCUGUAGCAUGUCAAAAAUCCAAAAUGGAGCAGUUCUUUUGACUUUCUUUGAGUGCCUAUUGAAUGAAUCACUACUACAGUAGGGCAAACUUUCACUCAGAACAUAUUUAUCAGGUUACUUUUGAAUAUUUCCUUUCUCAUUGUUCCUGUUUAUUUUCCAAAUAUCUGCCUGAAAAAAGGGUCUUCCUCCUAAUGCACAUGUUCCUUUGACCUGAUCCAUUCAGUGAACUCCUUUGCAAUGUUUUGGACAUUGAAAACACAUUAUUACACCACCACCUAGUAAAGUGGAGAACAGCCCAAAAUGUCAUGCUACUCAGAUAAUACAUUUUACAUCAUCAACCAAGUCCACAUAAUUAUCUCACUAGAUGUAAGGGCCAGCUGCUAAAAAUGUCUGGUGUCUUAUGCAGAAAUAAUACUCAUAUUUAAUACUUUAAUAUGGCCUCAUUUAGAUUUCCAGUAGCAAAAUGUUGACACCUUUCAGUUAUUUCUGGGCACAGACAAAAGCCCUGAACCUCCAAAAGUCACAUUAGUGAGCUCCAGCUGCUCUCUGUCACCCGAGAAUGCAUUGCACUAGGACACCACUUCUGCCAUAGAGGAUCUGGCUGAUAAGAGCCCUAAUAAGCCCAUUUUUUUAAAUGAUUUGGUUCAUUUUCUCAAUACUUCUCUAGUUUGAUUAUUACAUACAGUUUAUAAUUUAAAAAAGAGAUGGAGCCAUUUUUCUACGCUCGUAUUCAAGAACUACAAGCUGGUAGGGUUUGGUUUUCAAAAAGAAAGGCACACAGUGAAAAAA